GUUGGUCUUGAGCGUUUCUCACAGAAAGCAGCCACGUGCAGCCGACUGCACGGCCUGCUGUGUUAAUGGCUGGGAUGCACAGGGCUGCAGCGCUGGCGUUCUGCUGGAUCUGCUCUUCCUUCCCACAGUGACAGCGGAACGCGGCAGAAAGCGCAGCGAGGCGGCAGAGCAGCAAGGAGCUGACGUACAGAGCGCGGGCUGUGGGGAGAAAAGCAAGAGGAGAAAGAGGGCACCGGGUGUUGGUGUUCCCCCGGACUGCCACGUGGAUCGGUUCAUUCAGUGGCAUCAAGGCUGGACCUGCUUGCAGCGGCUUUGGACACCUCGCCCACGGGAUGGAUGCAUUGCUGUACAACUCCCCAGUGGCCGGGAGAGCUUCUCCAGAUGCUCAUUGCCAACGGGGCUCCCCCAGAUUGUGGCGAUCUGGGAUGCUGUGUCUGAUUACAUCCUGGAACAGAUGAAGCUGGACAAGGGAGUCCUGGUCCCGGGACUCGGGCUCUUUGCUGCGGUCCGAGAGCAAUUCCACAGCAAAGAAGUGGCGGUGUCGGUCCGAAGACCUGUCUUCCAGCUGGACAUCGGGGUGCUGUGGCUGCAGGACCUCCAGUCGCCCACCGACAUCAUCCCCGACGAUGUCAAGAUUGAGCGGCUGAACUACCGGCAGCUCUCGCGAGCCACCGGCAUCUCGCUGCACGUGGUGCAGCGCUGCGUGCGAGAGACCGUCCUCUUGUACUGUCACCUCCUGAGGAACAAGGCGCACGUCUCAUUCGCCUUCAAGAACAUCGGCGUUAUGACAUACGAGGACGACUUCCUCUGCAUGAGGUUCUUGUCCAGCUGCAUUACAACGCUGGAGAGCAAUGCCAGCCUGACUGCACUGCUCCACACUAGAAUUUGGCCGGCCCGUUCUGCUGACUUCGGGUCAGAGACCACCGCUCAUGGGAUCCAGGUGUUGCCGAGGUUUCAGCUCGCUGUGAAAAAGAGCAGAGCAGAGGCCGCCGCAGAAAGGAACGCUGCAGUGGCGCGGAAGAUGAGUAGAGGGGGCACUGCCGGCAGGCUGCUACAGAAGCGGAAGACACUUCCCCCCUCCAUGCUGCUGCAAUACCAGGCAGGCUCAAGGCAGCAAGAUGUGGCAAAGAAGCCUUCUGCCAGCGUGCUCCCGCCGUGUGCAGGCAGCUCCCACGGGAGAAAGCAAGCAGGACAGAAGGAACCAUCUACUCCUGCCCAGACCAGCACUGCACUCCCUGCGACAGAGGACUCUAAGAGAGUGCUGCAGGAGCUCCGGGAAGUGUCUGCCCUGUGGAAUGAAGCAGACCGCACGUGGCCCGUGUACCAGCAGCAGGUAGAGCAAACGCGGGCAGAAAGAGCGGCAUGGGAAGGCUGGAGUGCAGGGGAGGACCAGCCUCCACUGCAGCGGUUUGCCAGUGCGAGCGUGUGGGCUCCGCGUCCUCCAGCCCAGCCCCGGGGACAGCAAGUGAGGAGGAGGUGGAGGAAGGAUGUGGAUCCUCCGCCGGGAAGUAAAAUGGGAACAGCGACCAAGCUGGCACUGCAUGCCGACCUCCUCUCCCCGCGAGCAGCUCAGGUGCUCCAAAGGUUGGAGCCCCGCCUCCAUCAGCAAGAGGCUUUUGCUGACACCGCGGAAAGAAACCGGCAGAAGCUGGAGCUGAAGCGGCAGCUCCCCUGUGCUCGAUGCUCGUACCGCUCCAGAGGGGAAGGUGCUGGCAACAGUGGUGACGGCGCUGGAGCUGUCGGCAAGGGGGCUGGGAAGCUGUCCGGAUUUCCACCUGUGAAUGGCAAAUCGUAGAAUCAAAGACUUGUAGAAUGGCCUGGGUUGAAAAGGACC